CACAUAUUUCCUUACUGUUUUCCCAGGGCUCUCGGAAGAAGCUAGCUUGGUCCUAAACCGGUGUCAGGUGUGCUGCUGAGGGCAGCCUGGCCCUUGAUCAAGGGCAUCCAAGGAAGCUGUCAGAACAAGCGCGACGAGCUGCCAUAUCAGCAUUGCAUCUUGAUCUGGGAGCGCUGCAGCAUCUAGAAUCGGCCGCUCACAUAUCGCCAGAGUUUUCCGCACGCGAGCGAUGGGGUCGCAGGCGGUUGGGGUGCUGCCGAGUCAGCCCCCUUUGCGGAUGACUGCUGCGCACAGGUGUCGCUCGCAGACUGGUUCUUCGGAAAGUGAAUCGCUAGAGUUUGGGCUACGGAUGCAGUUGUCCCCCGCCCAGCACUGCGAGUGGGGAGGCACGCUUAGGUGUGGCCAAGCGCGGUUUUUCGGAAGAAACUCAUCGCAGAACGAGUGGCAGCGCAACUCAAAAAGUGAAAGUCCCGUAGGUACAAUUAGUCAGAUUGACAGUCGGCAGAGAGGAGGGUUUCUCAGAAGAUCAAUGAAAAGCAGUUUCUCAGCGCUGCGCAUCCGCUCGUCAGAAUAUUCUUUCCCGGUUCAUGGCUUGGAACACCGAAAGAAGCCCAUAUUAGCCCCUCGUAAAGCGCUAAAAUCCUCCCAUCUGCCUUCGCUUUCAUUUUCUCACUCCACCACUUCAACACUCCAAGCGUCUCUGAGCUCUGAAGUGAUAUCAGGAGACCGCAAAACCCUGAAUCCCAACCCCGAAGAAGAGUUGAGCCAGCUUCUAGAUCUGUUGCCUGGAACAAUCAGAACUAGAGUGGAGGAACAUCCGGAGCGGGACGCACUGGUGGAGAUCGUGCUGGACUUGGGCAGGCGGCCAAUGGCACGCUUUCCGAGCGGAGACGUGUUCCUAUCGGAGGAUAGUGUCACAGCGAAGGACAUUGAGUUGGCCGUAGGAAAGGUGGGGCUGUUUGGGGGCGACAACCGCGCGGGCAUUGACCGCACGCUGCACCGUGUGAGCGCCAUUCGGAGCCGCUCGGGGCGCAUCGUGGGCCUCACUUGCAGAGUCGGGCGGGCCAUACCAGGGAGCGCCGAAAUGGUACGGGAUCUGGUCUCCACCGGCGCAUCGAUUCUGCUCAUGGGCCCCCCGGGAGUCGGCAAAACGACGGCGAUCCGCGAGGUGUCCCGCAUGCUCGCGGACGAAUACAACAAGCGCGUCGUGAUUGUGGAUACCAGUAACGAGAUCGGGGGGGACGGCGACAUCCCGCACCCGGGGAUCGGGCGCGCGCGCAGGAUGCAGGUGCCGUCACCCGAGCUGCAACAUCACGUGAUGAUCGAGGCAGUGGAGAACCACAUGCCGCAGGUCAUCGUGAUCGACGAGAUCGGGACGGAACUAGAGGCGGCGGCCGCGGGCACCAUCGCGCAGCGCGGCGUGCAGCUGGUCGGCACCGCGCACGGAAUGACCAUCGAGAACCUCAUCAAGAACCCCUCGCUCUGCCAGCUGGCGGGCGGCAUCGAGAGCGUGACGUUGGGCGACGACGAGGCGCGGCGGCGGGGCGUGCAGAAGAGCGUCCUGGAGCGGAAGGGGCCGCCGACGUUCUCCGCUGCGGUGGAGAUGAUCUCACGAACCGAGUGGCGAGUGCACCGGAGUUUGUCAGCCACCGUUGACGCCAUGCUCCUCGGCAAGCGGCCGCGCUGCGAGUACCGCAAGAUCGAUACCGGCGGAGGGUUUGACGUGGACGACGGGACGGAAUCGGAAUCGGAAGAGUCGGAGAGGGAAACAGGGGCGGGGAAUCGGCGCAGGAUGGCAGAAAGCAACGGCCGGAGAUACCGCUCGAACGCCGAGGAUGACAGCGACUCCGAGGAGGAGUUCGUGGAGGCCCUGGAUCGCAUGAACGCGGCAGAGCAACGGGCACGCGCGCGCUCGGGCGAGGGUGCGGGGCGGCUGCCGGCCGCCGAAGAGAAGGGGCCGCUGCAGAUGUAUCCCUUCGAGGUGACGGAAUCCGCGCUGGAGCAGGUCUUUGAAACGCUGGACCUGGACCGGAAGGUGCGGCUGACGGACAAUAUCGGCGAUGCUGACGUCAUCCUGGCGCUGCGCGCCAAGCUGAAGCACAACUCGUGGGUGCGGGACGUGGCCAAGCUGCGACAGCUGCCCAUAUACGCUAUUAAGGCAAAUACGAUGCCCCAGAUGGUCCGCGCCGUUCGCGCUAUCCUGGGCCUUGACGCGGCCGCGACGAGUGCCGCCUUCGGAGUCGGGCGAGAGGACUCGCGCACGGGGCCCGGUCUCGAGCCCCCGGUGGAGUCUUCCGAGCCGUCAAAGUCCAACAACGUGGAGCAGGAGAUCGAUGCUCUCGAGGAAGCCCGGGCCGCCGUCGAGAAGAUCGUGAUCCCGCAGGGACUGGCGGUGGAGCUGCUGCCACGGCCGUGGAACAUUUUGCUGCUGCAGCUGAAUCUGAUCGAGGGCUACAAACUAGUGGUGGACAAAGUCGGGUCCGGCAAGAGCACCCGCCUCCGCAUCCUGCCCGAGUACCUCCCGCAGACGACGGGCGGGCGGACGUCCGACGGCCACGUGGCGACAUCAGAAGCUUCCGACGCUUCCAACGCAUUGACGGACGACGUAAAGGGUGACGUGCUCUCUCAAGAGAGGGUUACCGUCGUGGAAAGUGCUUCAAGUGUGACCAAGGUCGCUGCGGUGUUGGAGAUUGCCGGCAGCGAAACUCUUUUGGGCGAUGCUAGCGAGAGUAUCAGCUUGCAAGGUAGGAUCGAUUCGUUGCCAGGUGUCGGCAUGAGCGGUGCCGAGAGUGCUGACGUCAGCAGCCAGCUGUCGGAAAAUAGGACGGGGGUGUAUCUGGUGAAAGAAGCGGCCGAGUACGCAAAAACGAGCUGGCAGAAGGACAACGCGUUCAUGGAAGGCUACCAGUCGAGUGGGCGGUUAGCGCGGAACGGUCGGAAGGAGGGGCGGGAUCAGAAGUUUAAGAGGACACGAGAAAUCGUCGAUGAGGAGUAUGAUGAGGCUGAGCUGUUGUGAAGCUGAACGGUUCGUCUUACCGCGAAGCUCAAUCCCGUGUUGACGAAAAACCGCACGACAAGCUACGUUGAUUUGCAAUCAUGUCAUCCGCG